AUGGAAGGGAUGUCUGUAACUGAACACUAUUCUAAAUUCAUAGAGCUGUCAAGGUUUGCACCUGAAGUGGUGGCAACGGAAGAGUUCAGAUCUCAAACAUUCGAGAGUGGAAUGAUUAUGGAUUUACAGUUGAUGCUAUCUGGAGAGACCUUUACUAGUCUAGACACCUUGUAUGGGAAAGCUGCCCAUUUAUUUGGACUCCAACAAAGGAAGAACGGAGUUGGUGAGAAGAGAAAGGAUGUUGUGAACCAGAAUCAGGGUGGUAACCAACAAAACCAGAAUAACUUCAAGAAGAAUAAAGGGAAUAACCUAUUCCAGUUCAAGGGAAACAAUGGUGGAAAUCGGAACAACACCUUCCACAACAAUAAUGGUAAUAGAAACCAAUCUGCAGGAAAUGGAACAAGGGUUUAUGGGUUCUGUGAGAAGCCAGGGCAUAGAGAAUUUGAAUGUUGGGCUAAGAAUGGAAGGCCUAACCAGAACAACUCUCAGAGUAACAACCGGAAUAACCAAAACCGGAAUGGAGGGAAUAAUGGAAAUAAUGGUGGAAAUCAGAGAGGUGCAACUUAUUCGUCUUUAUCAAUGGGUAUUUUUGAGAAACUAGGCUUGAAAGAACUUGAAGAAAUUGAGGUACCCAUAGUUAUACCAACUGACGUGAUUCUAGGAAUGGACUGGUUGGCAAUGUUCAAAGCCAAGAUUGAUUGUGAGAAGACGAAGAUUCAUUUGACGUCUAGCUUAGGAAAAGUAGUGUCCUAUCGUAGUUUUGGAAAGCCUAGAAGUGUAGGAAUCAUUACGGAAAUGGAACUCGUGGAGCUCUUCAGUAAAGAUAACCCCGUUUUCUUGUGCAAUAUGAGAAACCUCGAGCAUGUUAUUAAGGAACAACCUGAAGACAUCCUGGGAAUUCCACCCAAUCGACCUAUUGAUUAUACCAUAGACUUAGUACCUAGAACCACACCUAUUUCGAAAGCUCCAUACCAAAGGGCUCCAGCAGAAAUGAGUGAGUUGAAAGGGCAGUUGGAUGAUUUGUUAGAGAAAGGUUUUAUUUUGGGACAUUUUGUGUCUAAAGAAGGAGUUGCAAUGGACCCUGCAAAGAUCAAAGCAAUUAGUGAAUGGCGUACACCUAAGAGUGUCACCGAUAUUCAAAGUUUUCUUGGUUUAAUUUAG